AUGGAUGUAGUGGAUGUAGUGAAGAAGACCAGGAACACCUGGCUCCGUGCUCCCCCCUUCAACACCACCGUACUUCCUGCUUUGACCUAUGCUUCGGAAACCUGGGCAUUUCGCAAGCAGGAAGAAAACGCGGUGAGCGUCAUUGAACGCGCAAUUGAGAGAGUGAUGCUAGGAGUAUCCCGUUUCACGCAAGUGAGGGACGGGAUUCGAAGUUCUCUCCUACGUCAACGAUCGAAGAUUAGAGACGCCGCCGCGUUUGCCAAGGAAGGUAAAAUAAGGUGGGCCGGACACGUGAUGUGCUUUAACGACAACCGUUGGACCAGAGCCGUGAGCGACUGGGUUCCCCGCGAUAUUAAGCGCACUAAGGAAGACCGCCGACGCAAUGGUCAGAUUUCUUCACGAAGUCCUUCAAAGAAAAAUAUGAUGCUCUUCGUGUCCCACGCGAAAGGAGGAACCACUGGGCUACUCUGGCACGCAAUCGGGACAAAUGGAAGAAUUACUGGCGCCCGCUCGACCAGUUCGAAGAUCAACGGGAGUCAAGGUGAUCAAGGUGAUCAAGGUGAUGGUUGUAGAAAAUUGGUAUUGACUAAUUUGAUUUUAGCUAUACACUGA